GCACCCGGCCCCGCCAGAUUGGGUCCGGCGUACAGAUCUGUCCAGCUCGGGACUGACUCACACACCGCGCUAGCAACCCCAGUCCUGGCCAGCAACAACCUACACGAACGACAGCAUCAACAACCAUGACGAUCAUCGCCUUCGACCUCUACGGCACCCUGCUCUCGACCGAAUCCAUCGCCGGUGAGCUCGCCAAGAUUGUCGGCGAUGAGCACAGCAAGACACUAGCGGCCCUCUGGCGGCGCUAUCAGCUAGAAUAUACCUGGCGCAUCACCAGCAUGGGGCAGUUCCAAACCUUCGAGACCCUCACACGCUCUUCCCUCGAGCACGCCGCGGCCGAGCUCUCCCUGCCCCUCACCCCAUCCGACACCUCCCACCUCCUCGAAGCCUACAACGCCCUCCCCGUCUUCCCGGACGUCCCCCCAGCCUUCGAAACCAUCCGCGCCCUCACCACCCCCAAUACCACCCCCAAUCCCACCACCACCAACCCCCCCCUACAAACCUACGCCUUCUCCAACGGCAGCCGGCACACCAUCUCCGGCUGCAUCCUCUCCUCCCCCGGGCUAGGCGCGUGCGCCGAGACGUGGAGCGGCUUCGUCAGCGUCGGCGACGUCGGCGUGUACAAGCCGGCCGCGCGCGCGUACGAGUACCUGCUGGAGCGGGUGCGGCGGCCGGCGCGCGAGGUGUGGGUGGUGAGCUCGAACCCGUUUGACGUCGUCGGGGCGCUGGCGGCGGGGCUGCGCGCGGCGUGGGUGGAUAGGAAGGGGACGGGGUGGGUGGAUCGGUUGGGGGAGGGGGUUGGUGGUGGUGGUGGUGGUGGUGGCGGUGGUGAUGGUGCCGGGGGGGUGAGGCCGGAGGUGGUGGUUGGGGGGGUGGAUGAGGCGGUGGGGGAGAUUUUGAGGGUUGUUCAUGGUUGGGGGGCGGCGUGAGGGGUGCUUGGUUGGGGUUGGGUGGUUGGGUUGUUUUGUUGUUGUAAGAAUGAAUUGCUUGAUUGAUAGGUAGGAAGGUUAAGUUCGUUUGUUCAUAAUACAUAGGCUCAGUCCGUUCUUUAAAGUCAUUACAGGUUGGUUUACCUUCACCCGGAAAGAAUAUCACACGAUAAGAACGCCAUAGCCAUGCUCCAGCCC